AUGUCUGCAGAGUUUGGCCGUGCACGGCCUGAGAUCUGGACGGGCACUGAGAAGUCUUUUCCGGACUGGAAAAGCGGCGGCAAAGAUGACUGGAAAAGCGGCGGCAAAGAUGAUUGGAACAGUGGAGGAAAGGACGAUUGGAAAAAUGGAGGAAAGGACGACUGGAAAAGCGGUGGAAAGGAUGACUGGAAGAGUGGAGGCAAGGACGAUUGGAAGAGCGGAGGGAAGGACGAUUGGAAGAACGACCAGGCGCGUGGCAGCAAAGACGACUGGGGUGGCCAGAAGCAGGAAUGGGGGAAGAAGGACAGCUGGGACAAGAAAGACGACUGGAGUGGCGGAGGCCAAAAGCAGCAGGACUGGAAGAAGGACCAGUGGGACCAGGGUGGCAACCAGAAGCAGUCUUGGCAGAAGAAGCAGGACUGGAACCAGGGCGACUCUGGUGGUGGCGGCCAGUGGGGAAGUAACAACAACGACCAGAAGAGCUGGGGUGGUGGAGGCGGCAACAAGAAGCAGGCGACGUGGCAGUCGACCGAUCAGUCCCAAGAUUCUUGGGGAGGUGCCCAGAACGAUGGCAAUUGGGGCACGAGCUCGAGCUCCGGCUCUCAGCGGUGGCCGCAGGAGCAGAAGCGUCAGGCCCAGUCGUGGUACGGCCACGAGGAUCGCGACAACAAAAGGCAACGCAAUGAUGGCGGAUAUGGUGCACAGAGCUACGACCAGCGGCAGCGCCCGGUCACAGCAUACAGCGCGCCCUGGAGAGGAGGCGGUGGUCGUACAGUUCCUGCCAGGGACGAGUACGUCAACGUCCGGGUGGAGUCAAGGGGGCCGGAAGACAUUCUAAACUCCAUGUCGAAGCAGCCCGAUUCCAUCGACGAUUGGAAGACUGUCCAGGACAUCGUCUUUCCAGGAGCCGAACGACUACCUCGCAAUUGGAUCCGCGUUUGGUCCAAGAAGCACGCUUGCGAGUACUAUCUCCGAUUGGAGGACAACCAUGCCACCUUUGAGAUCUCCGAUGUCUACAACAGCUGA